UGGAACAACACUGCUCUCUUGUCAUUUCCCAUCUUGCAGAAUAUAUGAGCUCCAAGAAGAAUACAUUUCUUUUUAAAUUUGUUUUAAUUUUGUUGUUUGUUUUGUUGAAUUUGUAUUCAAUUCAUUUUUAUUUUAAAUAACGUAAGUACGAGACACCCCCACUCCAUGCCAGUUGGUGGCGGUAAUGCGUCAAUUUGUUAUUUGUCAACCGCCAUUAAACUCCAAAGAAGAAGAAAUCGUAAACAUGACAAGGGUGUACUGUACGUGAAGGCAACACCGUACGUUUUUAACUGCCAAAUAUAUUUGUGUUGGACUGCAGUGUUGUGUCGAAAAACGAGUUAACCCUGAAUUAUUUACGUCGGAAAUACAAAUAACAUUAGCAGGUUAGCUAGUUAUGUAUCUUCGUCCGAUUUUGCGGACGCAGUUAUUCGGGACCAGAGCGGCUCACCUCAACCGUUUGCAGCAUGUUUGUCGAGCCGAGGUAUCUGAAGAUAAAACGCUACCGUCUCAUUUUUAUUCACGUUUUAUUUUCCUUAACGACAGCUGAGCAUGUUGGCAGCACCUGUCCCACGGGCCCCGGUGGUGGCUGUGGGGAGCGCACGGUGCACGCCCACCGAGAGAGACCGCUGUGCACCAAAAGUGACGAGGUGAAGUUGGCCGAGGAGGCCAGCAGGAAGUAUGGCUCCCCAGCUCCAACCAUCUUCUCCAAAGUCAUUGAUAAAAGCAUCCCUGCGGAUAUCAUUUAUGAGGAUGAGAAGUGUUUGGCCUUUAGGGAUAUCAGCCCACAGGCCCCUGUUCACUUCCUGGUUAUUCCAAGGAUCCCUAUUCCAAGAAUAAGUGAGGCUAAGGAUGAUGAUGCAGAGCUCUUGGGACAUUUAUUGAUUGUUGCCAAAAAUGUGGCAAAGCAAGAAUCUCUGGAUGAAGGAUACAGAGUGGUGAUCAACGACGGAAAGCACGGUGCUCAGUCCGUGUACCACCUCCACAUCCACGUCCUGGGAGGCAGACAGAUGGCCUGGCCACCGGGAUGAGGGUUUCAUGGGUCUCUUCCAUCCUCAUCCCGUCAUUCUGUAAAACAACUCACUUCACCAGGCAAAAAAAAAACAUGACGAUUUUGACGAAUGUAAAGAUUGUAUGUAAAAAAUGUAGUCGGGAUAUGGCUGCAAAUAAAGUCGGUGUUUCUAAUAUGGA